UAAUGACUUGCAGAGAUUGAGAGAGAGAAAGAGAGAGUCCUGGGACAGAAUCAGAAAGAGAGAGAGUGAGAGCGCGAGUUGGCAAGUCCGUCAGUCUGUCUCUGCGAGCGGAGAACAUCUUUGCUGCACAGUGAUUUGCAUUGGGGGAGAGACGUCAGCUGGCUUCAGACCCAAGGGGGACACCGGACCAGGUUACCUAGAUUAGGACUAAGUGAGCGUUGCCCCUCCCUGCCCCACCUCUAAACGGGAAUGUCUCGGCGAAAGCAGAGGAAACCCCAACAGUUAAUCUCCGACUGCGAAGGUCCCAGCGCGUCUGAGAACGGUGAUGCCAACGAGGAGGAUCACCCCCAAGUCUGUGCCAAGUGCUGCGCACAGUUCUCCGACUCGGCUGAAUUCCUUGCCCACCAGAACGCAUGUUCCACCGAUCCCCCUGUGAUGGUGAUCAUUGGGGGCCAGGAGAACCCCAGCAACUCUUCCACCGCUUCCGAACCCCGGCCUGAAGGCCACAGUAGUCCGCAGGUCAUGGAGACAGAGCACAGCAACCUCCCGGAGUCAGGGUCCUCGGUGCCCACAGAUCCCACCUGGGCCCCGGAGCGGAGAGGAGAGGAGUCCGCGGGACACUUCCUGGUUGCUGCCACAGGUACUGCAGCCGGGGGAGGCGGGGGCCUGAUCUUAGCCAGCCCUAAGCUGGGAGCAACCCCUUUACCUCCAGAGUCCACCCCUGCGCCCCCACCUCCCCCACCUCCGCCCCCACCCCAAGGUGUGGGCAGCGGCCAGUUGAACAUCCCUCUGAUCUUGGAAGAGCUGCGGGUAUUGCAGCAGCGUCAGAUCCAUCAGAUGCAGAUGACUGAGCAAAUCUGCCGACAGGUGCUGCUGCUUGGCUCCUUAGGCCAGCCGGUCGGAGCCCCUGCCAGCCCCUCAGAGUUACCAGGGACAGGCACUGCCGCCUCCACCAAACCCCUGCUACCCCUCUUCAGCCCCAUCAAGCCUGUCCAAACCGGCAAGACACUGGCACCUUCCUCUUCCUCCUCCUCCACCUCCUCUUCUGGCACAGAAACACCCAAGCAAGCUUUCUUCCACCUUUACCAUCCAUUGGGAUCACAGCAUCCUUUUUCUGCUGGAGGGGUUGGACGAAGCCACAAGCCUACUCCCACCCCUUCCCCAGCCUUGGCGGGCAGCACAGAUCAGCUGAUUGCCUCACCUCAUCUGGCAUUCCCAGGCACCACAGGACUGUUGGCAGCACAGUGCCUUGGGGCAGCCCGGGGCCUGGAGGCCGCGGCCUCCCCAGGGCUCUUGAAGCCAAAGAAUGGAAGUGGCGAGCUGGGCUAUGGGGAAGUGAUAGGUCCCUUGGAGAAGCCAGGUGGAAGGCACAAGUGCCGCUUCUGUGCCAAAGUGUUCGGCAGUGACAGUGCCCUGCAGAUCCACCUGCGUUCCCACACUGGUGAGAGACCCUAUAAGUGUAAUGUCUGUGGCAACCGCUUCACCACCCGUGGCAACCUCAAAGUGCAUUUCCACAGGCACCGGGAGAAGUACCCACACGUGCAGAUGAACCCUCACCCGGUGCCGGAGCACCUAGACUAUGUUAUCACUAGCAGCGGCCUGCCCUACGGCAUGUCUGUGCCCCCUGAGAAGGCUGAGGAGGAGGCGACCAUGCCAGGAGGAGGUGUGGAACGCAAACCCCUGGUGGCUUCCACCACAGCGCUCAGUGCCACCGAGAGCCUGACACUGCUCUCCACGGGUGCGGGCACUGCAGCAGCUCCUGCGCUCCCUGCUUUCAAUAAGUUUGUGCUCAUGAAGGCCGUUGAGCCAAAAAGCAAAGCUGAUGAAAACACCCCUCCAGGGAGUGAGGCCUCUAGCAUCACUGGUGUGGCAGAAAGUGGCUCAGCAACCCGGAUGCAGCUCAGUAAGCUGGUGACAUCACUACCCAGCUGGGCCCUGCUUACCAACCACUUCAAGUCCACCGGUAGCUUCCCCUUUCCCUAUGUGCUAGAGCCCUUGGGAGCUUCCCCCUCGGAGACAUCGAAGCUGCAGCAGCUGGUAGAAAAGAUUGACCGACAGGGAGCGGUGGCUGUCGCCGCCUCCACUGCCUCCGGGGCCCCAACCACCUCGGCCCCCGCAGCUUCUUCCUCGCCUUCGUCUGGAUCCAAUCAGUGUGUCAUCUGCCUCCGGGUGCUGAGCUGUCCCCGAGCGCUCCGCCUGCAUUAUGGCCAACAUGGAGGAGAGAGGCCGAGGCCCUUCAACUGCAAAGUGUGUGGCCGGGCUUUCUCCACCCGGGGCAACCUACGGGCACAUUUUGUGGGCCACAGAGCCAGUCCAGCUGCCCGGGCCCAAAACUCCUGUCCCAUCUGCCAGAAGAAGUUCACCAAUGCUGUCACUCUGCAGCAGCAUGUCCGGAUGCACCUGGGUGGCCAGAUCCCUAAUGGUGGCACCACCCUCCCGGAAGGAGGGGCAACCGCACCGGAGAAUGGCUCUGAGCAGUCUGUAGCCUCUGGGAUUGGGAGCUUCCCCCAGCAGCCAUCCCAGCAGCCGUCUCCAGAGGAAGAAUUGUCUGAGGAGGAGGAUGACGAGGAAGAAGAGGAGGAAGAUGUGACUGAUGAAGAUUCCCUGGCAGGGAGAGGCUCCGAGAGUGGAGGUGAGAAGCCAAUCUCCGUUCGAGGUGAUUCGGAAGAGGCAUCUGGGGCAGAGGAGGAAGUGAGCACCGGGAUGGCCACAGCCACAGCUGGGAAGGAGAUGGAUGGUAAUGAGAAAGUCAUUCCGCAGCCUUCACUGCUGCCCCUGCCGCCUCUGUCAUCUGACAGCCUGGAUCUAGAGCAGUCAAUGGAGCAGGGAGGCAGUGAGGCUCCAGGAGGCUUGGAAGACAGAAGCAAAGCCGAGAAGAGUUCAAGCCCACCAUUGGCACUUGCCCUAGAAGGGGAAGGCAGCAGCGCUGCCCUGGUGGAGGAGCUGGGCAUGCAGGAAGCCAUGAGAAAGGAGCUGGGGGAGAACGCUAGCAGAAAAGCCUGUGACGUGUGUGGCCAGGCCUUCCCCACCCAGGUAAUGCUGGAGGAGCAUCAGAAGACCCACCCCAAGGAGGGGCCGCUCUUCACUUGCAUGUUCUGCAGGCAGAGCUUUCUGGAUAGGGCUACCCUCAAGAAGCACAUGCUUCUAGCUCACCACCAGGUACAGCCCUUUGCCCCCCACAGCUCUCAGAAUAUCGCUGCUCUUUCCUUGGUCCCAGGCUGCUCCCCGCCUAUCACUUCCCCAGGGCUCCCCCUCUUCCCCCGAAAAGAUGAUCCCUCGAUCCCAUGAGGCUCCUUUUUCUGUACUUGCUAUUCUCUGACCCAGGGAGCAGAGGCCACGAGCUUUGCAGAAGAACCACUGAGAUAGAUGAGCCCCCCCCUUUUUUUUUUUUGGUCUUUUUCUCUCUUUUGAGUUCUAACAUGGUAUGUCCGUAAUGGCAUUUCUCUAGUCUUCUGACCUUGGAAAUACUGUGUUUAUAGGGGGAUGGACCCCUGAGAAGUUUUCCCUCCCUCUUCAUUCAUUGUACCUGAAGAAAAUCAGAUUCUCUACAGAUUUUUCAUCCCAGGGGGAAACCCUCUCCAGCCUCCCUUCUCUGCCUCCCCCACCCACAAACCCACUCUCCUUUCUCCUCUUCCUUCCCUUCUGGCAGGUGCAUCUGAGCACCUAUAUUUGGGAUGAAAGCCCAGGUCUUAAGGGGCCAGUAGUUUCCCUAGAGAGGCCCAGGGCUACUCUGCUUGGAUCACCAGGUCAAACUGCAGGACGUGCCUGCCCAGUUGGUGGGGUUCCCCGGUAUGGGGCCAGUAUGUGGCCAAGUGACUUGCCCACCAACCCCUGGGGUUCCAGCUCCACCUCUGCUGCCACUUCAGGCCCAGCCAGCACUGCUGGUGCUUUGGGCCUGAGAACUGCUGCUGGAAAGGUGUCUUCCAGCAACAGAACAGCAGAGAAGCCAAGGAGAAGACCUAUCCCCACCCCCUACCCACUACCCCCAUUUUGGCCUCCUGCAUCCAAGGCAGGGCCUGAGGCACCCACCAUAGAAGAGAAGUAGCAAACCCUAUAUUCCUCCUUCCUCAUGCUCCAGAAGGUGCCUGCAAUGAAGAUAACAUCACUAUCUGCAUCUGGUGGCUAGCCCUACUGGGUAGGGAGAAAAGAAGGGCGUGUGACACAUUUCCCAGUAAAUUCAUUGAGAGUCAUGUUAAAGCAAAAGCAGUGGCUGGUCGGUGUGCUUCAUUGUCAGUCUCCAGCUCCUCAUAGCUCUUAUCAGGGCCUUGCCACAUCAGGAAACAAGUAGGUUUCUUGCCCAGAAGGCUCCUGUGGGAUACUUCAGAACGUGAAAUUACUUUGUAUCUGUAACCAAAUUAUUGGUGAGGAGUUGAAGUUAUUUGCUAAAGCAUAGGACUUGCUAAGAACUAUGUGAAUCCGAAAGGAAUAUGAUGUAAGGGAAGGGAUCUCAAAUUCUUGAUAGGAUGGGUCUCAUGAAUGUUCUUUUGGAACAAAUGACCUUUAGUGUGCAGCAGUACACCAUGGAUCUUGGGGAAAUCCCUAGCACUAGUGUGUUUCUAGUUUUAGAUAACUCUCUCCUUUAUCCCCUGGCCUUGUAUCCUUCUCAUUGUCCUCUUAUCAAGACUCAUUUCCUCCCCAGUUUUGCCUAGGCUUAUGGACCAGGGCUUGUCUUUGCCACUGUCUGGUUCUUAGAGUUCCAGACUUUGGGAGAUGAGCUCCGGGUGAUGUCCUCCCUGCUUCUUCGACUAGUAAUGAGAUGUAGUAUUUACUCUUAACAUAGGAUCCUUUGGAACAGGAGUGCUGAGGAGGAGAAAAGUGAGGGGGUUCUCCUACUCACUGACUUGAGUGAUGGCUUCUCCUCCAAAGCUUAGGCUCCAGAGCUUCUUAACAUAGUAAAAUGUGACGAGCAGACAAAGGAGACAUUAGUGUCAUUCCCUCUUCAUUAAAGGUGUUUUCACCAAA